AUGGCGUUGAAACAGGUUUCUCUAGUCAGCACUAUGGUUAUCGGUGCUCUUGCUCGCUGCGGAGCAGAGCUAUCGCCUGAGUUAAAGGCUAAUUAUGAAAUUCCGACGCGUACAGCAUCGAUAGCUUCUGCCGAUCCCAUUGAGGUAAACACCUAUAUCCAGGUGAUUACCAAUGGGUCGACCAUCGACGAUGGUUAUCUCACCAGUGAGCAACUCGACAAGCAGAAGGCUGUGAUGAAUGACGUUUUCGCGGACCAUUCAAUCCAGUUCAAUUUUCUUGACACCACGUACACCGAGAACGAGGACUGGGCCCAUGGUAUCAUGAUGCAAGACAUGUCGAUCGCGCUUCGAAAAGGGUCCUACAAGGACCUCAAUAUAUUCUUCCUGCAGUCCAUGGGCGGCCAAGUCACUGGACAGUGCUCGUUUCCUCUGAACCUGACCGACUUCCCGGACCCUGGUAGAAUGAAAUCAUUGGAUGGUUGCAUGGUUGUUUCAAGCACUAUUCCUGGUGGCUCUCAUCCGACCUACAAUGGUGGUCUAACGGCUGUUCAUGAGGUUGGACACUGGUUUGGACUCAUUCAUGUCUUCACCGAUACAUGCGGGGGCAAUAGAGAUGAAGUAGAUGAUACCCCUGAGCAAGCAACGGCGACUUACGGAUGUCCUACCGGCAAAGAUAGCUGCCCUGAGUUCCCAGGAGUUGAUUCAAUUCAUAAUUACAGUGAGUUCAUCUCUGAUGGGGUGACUCUGAGUCCCAAGGCUUGUUUACUGAUGAUCUUGGAAGUGGACUAUUCAGAUGAUUAUUGUAAGACUGAGUUUACGCCUGGGCAAGUCAGUAGGAUGCAUAAUGCAUGGGCGACUUACAGGGAGCCGGUUGACGCAUGA